UGCAAGCACUAACACAAACCUAAUGUCAAGUGGAAGCAUUGUAGCAACGAUUUUUUUUGCACAGCAGGUGCCUGUCCGAAGAAAAUAUUUAAUAUUGGGAUAGUAGUGACAGGUCGGCAGCAACAUUCUGAAGCUUUUCUCCUGUACAGCAAUAACAAACUCGAGCUAUAUUUUAUAACAAAAGCAAGGUAGGCUACUGGUAUGUUUCACUGUGAGGUCUUUGCCUCUGUUUGGCUACAUUGUUGACCUUCAGGAUGGACCUAAAAGAAAAGACAGCUGCCAUAUUGAAGCAAUAUGAAGUCGGGAGCAGAUUCUCGUACUUGCCGGUCCUGCCCAAAGCCUCGGUGUUGAUACCGCUGUUUGUGAAGGACGGAGAGGUCCACAUGCUGAUGACUCUACGCUCCCAAGAGCUGAGGACCAACGCAGGUGAGGUGUGUUUCCCAGGUGGUAAGAGGGACCCGAGGGACAGGGAUGAUGUGGACACGGCUCUGAGAGAGGCAGAGGAGGAGAUAGGCCUUCCUCCUGACCAGGUGGAUGUGGUCUGCACACUCUUCCCCAUUAUGAACAAGAGUGGUCUGUUGGUGACUCCAGUGGUGGGGUUCAUUGAGGCCUCAUUCUCUCCUCGCCCAAACCCAGCCGAGGUCGGCGCUGUGUUCACUGUCCCUCUGGAGUUCUUCACUAGAGAGAUAGACCACUCAUCCUACAGCGCGACUGGAAUUGCUGGCUUGCUCCACAGUUUCCAGUUUCCGGACCCUGAAUCAGGCAGCCACUAUCAGAUAUGGGGUCUGACUGCCAUUUUGGCUAUACUGGUCUCUGUCCUAGCCCUCAGAAAAAAGCCUGAGUUUGAGACUGGUUUUGAUUCUGAUGACCCGGUAUCUUUCUUCCAACACAAUCUGAACAAGAGGAUCAGUAAACUAUGACAUGUAUCAAUGUUUUUUAAAUAUUUUAACCAGAUAAUUAUAUAAUGCAAUGCAAUGAUGGUGAGAACAUAUUUUUCCCUAAAAUGUUGUAAAUGUAAUUGUUCUGCCAACUGUAAAUGUGGAAUCAUGUGCAAUACCUAUAUUCUUUACAAAAAUGGAUUUAAAAAAAAAACUUUGAAUGUAAUUUGUGAAUAUUGUAUAUUGGUGACAAUAAAAAAAAAAUAUAUAUACUAUUAAAGUUUGAAUAGGUAAAUGCAUCCAGUUGAGUUCAUAAAUGUAACAUGUGUGAGAGGAGAGUGGGCAGUGGCCUGUUUAGAGCUAUGUGGAAGGACAAGACUGAGUUGAUACCUGGACCAGGGCCUGUAUUCACAAAGAAUCUCAGCGUAGGAGUGCUGAUAUAUAAUCAGUUUAGCCUCUCAGAUCGUAAUGAAUCAUAUUGGACUAGAUGACUGAUAGGGGGCGCUGUGUUGAAGCCACCAUGCCUCCAUCUUGGCACACAUUUCUGAAGCUAUAGAAAUGCAUUUAUUGUCUAUAAUCGUUUUUGCCACAUGUAUUAUAUUAUAGACACAUUAAUGCAUACCUUUAAAUUA